AUGUAUUGCUUUCAAUUAACUGAAGUUAUUUUUGAGAGAGAUUCAAAUAUUUCUUACAUCGAUUCUACAGCAUUUGAUAUAUGCCCAAAAUUAGAAACAUUUAUGAUACCAGACUCAUUUCAUACAAUUUCAGGUGUACUGAGUAAUAUCCCCAAAACAAUAAAAAAGAUAAUACUUCCUGGGACAACCAUUGAGACAAUUCCUCGACAUUGUUUUAUUCAAUUUGUAAACCUUGAAUCAAUUGAGGCAAAUGAAUACACAUAUAUAAAGAACACAGAAUAUUAUGCUUUUUCGACUAUUAAAAAUCUUAAAACAGUGAAUUUAAAUUGUUCUGUUUAUCUCAAUGAUUACUCAUUUUAUAACUGUCAAAACUUGCUGAAUGUUUACAUUAAAGAAAUUAGGUAUUUUGGUAUUCUUUCUUUCAAUAAAUGUCCAUCACUUAAAAAUGUUACAAUAAUAGAUUACAAUGGAACAAUCCCAGAUUAUUGUUUUGAAUAUUGCCAAAGAUUAAUUAAUUUCAAUUCAAAUGUUGCUAUAAAAAUUGUUGGAAAUUAUUCAUUCGCACAUUGCAGUCUUUUGGAAUUAGAUUUAUCAUCAUUGAAAACUGUAAAUCACAGUGGAUUUUUGAACUCAAGAAUCAUCAAUUUUCCUGAAAAUAUUGAGUAUAUUGGCGAAAAUGCAUUCAAUCAGUGCACUUUUGUCAAUCCAAAUAUUUCAUUUUCAAAUAAAUUGUCUGAGAUCAGUCCUGGCGCAUUUACUGAAACAAAUGGGCUCAAGCAAGUUAAAUAUUGUGGAAGAAAAGAUUUUAAUGUUGUUGGAAGUGUAUUUUCCUCGGGAAUUACGAUAUAUGUUUCGCAUCUUUAUCCAGGAUCAAAAUUUUAUGGGGUAAUAGUAACAAAAGGGAAUAGUGGUAUAUCGUGUGACAUACCACCGCGAACUUUAGACACAAACAUCUAUGCAAAAGGUCUUGGACCUACAAAAUUCCGUCUAUUAAGACGUCAUUAA